AUGUUAGCUACAAAAACAUUUUUUCGUAAGACUAAAAGUGGAAAUAUUUUUAAGAUUGUAAGAGAUCAUUACCUGCGAGAUGAUAUUUGGUGUGGAUCUGAAGCCUGUGAGUCGUGUAAGCCACGUAAAAAAGAUCUUGUACUAGAAGAAAAAAAUCCAGGAACUAAGAGCUCACUUAUUUCCGACCCGUAUUAUUUAUUACUGGACACCAAUAUAGUUCUUGAUCAAAUAAAUAUCUUGGAAGAGGAUUUGCUGUGCAACGUAAUAAUCCUCCAGACGGUUUUGGAAGAAGUAAAGCACCGUAGUUCCAAUGUUUACAAAAAAUUGAAAGACAUAAUAGCUGAUCCAAAACGUAAAUUUUACGUCUUUGUCAACGAACACCACAAAGACACCUUCGUCGAACGGGUACCUGGUGAAAAAAUAAAUGACCGCAAUGACAGAGCCAUCAGAACCGCCUGUCUGUGGUACAAAAGUCAUUUGGAGCAAUCGAAAAAUAACAACAUCAAUAUUGUCUUGCUUACUGAUGAUAAUGAAAAUCGGAGCAAAGCGCAGGUUGAAGGCUGCCUUGCAUUUACAAUGGAAGAAUAUGUUUGUUCGCUAGAAAAUUCUGGAUUCUUAGAAGAUAAAUUAUGUAAAAAAAAUUAUGAAAUUGACGGAGGGAAAGGUGAACCGUUAUUUCCCUCUCAUUUGACUCCAGCGCAAUUGCACGAUGGAAUUAAAAAUGGAAAAUUGCUUCAGGGAACAUUUUUAGCGUCACGGGAAAAUUUUUUGGAAGGAAGUGUUAACGUUGAAGGAAUGGAAAAAUUCGUAUCUGUUGAAUUAUUACCAGAAGAAGAAUGGUCAGUACCGAGUGAAUUAGUCCUGCAAGACGAAGCUGAUGAAGAAGAUCCAGGUGACAUUUUGGAGGAAGAAAAGGAAAUAAUUGUUAAGACGACGACAGAAGUUGAACGAACGCCAACAGGUAAAAUAGUUGGCAUCAUAAGAAGAAAAUGGCGACAAUAUUGUGGCAUAUUGCAGCCAAGUGCUGUCAAAGGGAAUGUAAAGCAUCUUUUCGUCCCAGCUGAAAGGAAGAUUCCUAAAGUGAGAAUUGAAACACGACAAUCAGAGACUUUGAGUAGCCAAAGAAUAAUUGUUGCUAUUGAUUCUUGGCCAAGAAAUUCUCGUUAUCCAUCGGGACAUUUUGUUCGCGCGCUAGGAAAAGUCGGUGAUAAGGAAACUGAGAACGAAGUGCUUUUAUUGGAACACGAUGUAACACACAGUAGAUUUUCCGACGCUGUUCUUAGUUUUCUUCCAAAAUUACCUUGGAUUAUCACCGAGGAAGACAUUGCAUCGAGAGAAGAUUUACGUCAUCUGGAUAUUUGUUCAGUAGAUCCACCAGGAUGUACUGACAUUGAUGACGCACUUCAUUGCCGAGAUUUAGAGAAUGGAAACUUGGAAGUGGGCGUUCAUAUUGCAGAUGUUACGCAUUUUAUACGACCUGGAACUGCUUUGGACCAAGAGGCUGCUUUGAGAGCAACUACUGUUUAUCUUGUUGAUAAACGAAUUGACAUGGUGCCAGGCUUACUGAGUUCUAAUCUCUGUUCGCUUCGUGGCAAUGAAGAAAGAUUUGCCUUCUCAUGUAUUUGGGAAAUCGAUCACGAUGCUAAUAUUAUUAAUACGAGAUUUUUGGACAGUGAAACUCAUGAUCCAAUCGAAGUAGAAGCUAAAAAAUUACGUGACACAAAUUCUAUGGUCGAGGAGUUUAUGUUGUUGGCCAAUAUAUCAGUAGCAGAAAAAAUUUUAGCCGAAUUUCCAGAUUGUGCCAUGCUAAGAAGACAUCCAGAGCCACCACAAUCUAAUUUCGAGCCGCUCAUCAAAGCUGGCAGACAUCAAGGCUUUGAGAUCAAUACUUCCAGCGGAAAAGAAUUAGCGCAAUCACUCGAAUCUGCCCAUAAAGACGACAACCCAUACUUUAAUACGAUGUUAAAAAUUUUAGCUACUCGCUGUAUGAUACAGGCUGUCUAUUUUAUAAGUGGUAUGGUUCAGCAAUCGGAAUUUUUCCAUUAUGGUUUAGCUUGUCCAAUUUAUACUCAUUUUACCUCGCCAAUUAGAAGAUACGCUGAUAUAGUGGUCCAUCGAUUACUUGCUGUUUGUAUUGGAGCUGAUGCAACUUAUCCAGACUUACUGGAUAAAAAGAAAAAUCAUGCACUUUGUCAUAAUUUAAAUUAUCGUAAUCGUAUGGCUCAGUACGCUGGACGUGCUUCAGUUGCUUUGAAUACCCAUUUGUUCUUCCGUGAAAAAAUUGAAGAUGAAGACGGCUACAUACUUUUUGUUCGUAAGAAUGCGUUGCAGGUCCUAAUUCCUAAGUACGGACUCGAAGGAACUUUGUACUUGAACAAAAAAGGUGACACGUCUGGAGUUAAAUUUACUUAUAAUGAAGAAGAGCAUACUCAGACGUGUGGUGAUGUUGUCUUCAGGUCAUUUGAUCCUGUUAUUGUACAACUGAGUUUGGAUAGAUCUAAUGUCCAACACGAAAAAUUAGUAUUCAAACUUGUUAAGCCAGAGAUUUCUGGAUUCAGUGUUCCUGGAGUUAAAAAACGUAAAGUAUCAGAUCCAGAGCCAAUACCGAUUGAAGUUCCAGCGAAAAAAAAUAAAAAACAGAAGAAAAAGAAGAAGAAUAAGAAGUAA